GAAAUAUGCGUUAAGAAGAUUUUGGCUUUUGUAAUAUUUAUAUUAAGUACUUUAAUAUUGUAUUCACAAGAAAUGCAAACUGGAACAAAAAGCAACGUUUGACCUAUGAGUCAGCAGCAGUGGAAUAUCCUUUAAUUAUAAAAAACAUGUUUGGUUGGGGUAGUACUAUACAUGGGGAAUUAGGUUUAGGUGGUAUAGAGAAUGAAAAUAUUUUAAUUCCUCGUGAACUUGAUUUUAAAAAAGCUUCUGAAAUUCAACAAAUUGCAUGUGGUGAAAAUCAUACAAUAGUUGUUACUCAAGAUGGAGGAAUAUAUUCAUGUGGAAACAAUGACUUUGGACAACUUGGUCAUGAAAAAGGGAGAAAAAGAUUACAAUUGAUACCUGGAUUAGAUGCAUUUGUAUUCAAAAAAGUAGCUUGUGGAGCAUUCUAUUCUUUAGCAGUGAAUGAGUGGGGUCAAUUGUUUAGUUGGGGAUCUAAUAUAGAAGGCCAACUAGGUUUAAAUUCUAAAAAUGUCAUGGAAUGUUCACCACAUAUGAUAAAAACAUUAGGUACAAGUGUAGUGGUACAAAUAGCUUGUGGCAUGAAACAUGCACUUGCAUUAACAAAUAAUGGUGAAUUGUACAGUUGGGGUUCUAAUACUGAAGGACAACUUGGUUUAGGUACUCAUGUCAAAUAUGAGGUAAAACCUAAACUUAUUAUCACCUUGAUUGGUAUUCCAAUUGCAUUUAUUGCCUGUGGAGGAUACCAUAGCAUAGCUAUAUCAAAGUCAGGAGCUGUAUUUGGGUGGGGAAAAAAUACAUUUGGUCAAUUAGGACUAAAUGAUACACAAGAUAGAAAUUUACCAUGUUUGUUACAAACAUUACAAAAUGCAAAAAUAUGUUAUGGAUCUUGUGGUGAAAAAUUUUCUGUAUUUUUAACAGCGGAUGGUGGAGUAUUUUCAUGUGGUGCAGGAAUGUAUGGUCAAUUAGGACAUGGAAAUAAUAGUAAUGAAAUUUUGCCUCGUCAAAUAAUGGAACUUAUGGGUAGCACAGUUACACAGAUUGCAUGUGGCAAAGGACAUACCUUGGCAUUAGUAUCAACAAGAGGUAAAGUUUAUGCAUGGGGUUCAGGUGGUGUGGGACAAUUAGGUAAUCAUUCCACUCAAAGUGCAGCAACUCCACAAAUGGUACAUGGUCCAUGGGUUGCUCCAAAUGGUUCUUCAAUAAUGAACCUUGAUAAACAUGCAGCUGGUUAUAUUGUUAAACAUAUCUUUGCUGGUGGAGAUCACUGUUUUGUCACAGUAGUUCCACAGGGUGAUAAUAUAAAACCAGAUGAUUGUAGAAUAUUAGAUAGCUCCUCCCAAAUUCUUACAAUAACUGAAGAACAAUUAAUAACGUGUCAACAAGUUCCACCAAACUCACCCAUUGAUCAUGAACUUAUGAUAUAUUUAGAGACAGUAUUUAAAAGUUUGACCUGCGUGACUGGGUCAUUUUUACUUAAAAAUGAUGCUCGCUAUGGAUGUUCAAAUAAGCAUCAUGGAGUGGAUCUUGACCAAGCAAGUAGAUCAUUUGGAAUUAUCAGAGAACUGGAUAACGAUAGAAUUCAAGAAUUGAUAUUUAGUUGUAUAUCAGACAGCCUGAUUCCUUCUUUUGUUAAUUUAUCAUCUACAAUAAUUAGUCCAGAAUCUUUAAGAAUCUAUUUAAUAUUACCUUUGUAUCAUGGUUUUGCAAAUCCUCCUAAUUGUAAUGUAUUGCAUAAACCAUUCUGCAAAGCUGUUUUAGCAUUAAAACCAGAGGUUCUUGAAAUUGUUACAAACUGGUGGCUUACAGCACCAUCUUAUUAUUUUGAGAGAUUAGUCAGAGUCCAUAAAUCAGUCGUUCUACAUUAUGUAAAGCAGUCUAAACCAAAUAAGGAUGUGUUAUGGGAUGAGACAUUACAAGUUGUUUUAGAUUUUUUAUAUUUGUUAAAUAAAUUGAACAAUGAAAGUGGUGAUGGCAAUAAAAUACAUUAUUCUACAUUUCAUCUGCCAGAAUUAGUAGAUCUUAUAGACAUAGAAAAUGAUUAUAUAGAGUGGAUAUCAGAAAAAGAAUCUUUUUCUUAUCAAAAAGUGUUCUGUAACUACCCUUUUAUACUUGAUGCAAAUGCUAAAAUUAUACUACUGCAAACAGAUCAAGUUAUUCAGAUGCAUUCAGCAAUGAACAAGGCAGCAGCUCGAGCUGUAAUAAACCAAUUGUUUUACAAUCCAUUUUCUGUAAACCCGCAAGGUUAUAAUCAGUUUGUAGUGAUAAACGUUUCACGGAAUAAUAUAGUCGCUGAUACUUUACGUGAAAUAUCACAAUAUGAUUCUACAGAUUUAAAAAAGCCUCUUCGAGUGAAAUUUCACAAUGAAGAAGCAGAAGAUGCAGGUGGAGUUAAAAAAGAAUUUUUUAUGUUACUGUUAAAAGAAAUUUUAGACCCUAAAUAUGGUAUGUUUAAACAAUAUGAAGAAACUAGAGUUAUAUGGUUCAGUGAAGAUUCAUUUGAGGAUGAAAAUGUGUAUUUUUUAAUCGGUGUCUUGUGUGGAUUAGUUAUUUAUAAUUUUAUUAUUAUCGAUUUACCAUUCCCACUAGCUUUAUAUAAAAAAUUAUUACAUGAACCAGUUGGUUUAAUUGACAUUAAAGACAUGUCACCAAUAUUUGCUAAGAGUAUGCAAAAUAUACUUGAUUAUGAAGAAGCAGAUUUUGAAGAAAUUUUUUGUUUAUAUUUUGAAGUAGUCAGAGAAGUGUUUGGUGAGAAAAAAAUACACGAACUUAUACCAGGUGGUAGUAAAGUUCCUGUUACAUUGAAAAAUAAAAAACAGUUUGUUGAUUUGUAUGUUGACUAUAUAUUAAACCAAUCUGUAGAAGCACACUUUCAAGCAUUUUAUCAGGGUUUCCAUAAAGUUUGUGGUGGACGUGUGUUAGAAUUAUUUCAUAGUAAUGAACUUAUGGCUGUGGUAGUAGGAAACGAAGAUUACGAUUGGGAGGAGUUAGAAAAGAAUGCAACGUACAAACAAGGAUAUACAAAAGAUGACCCUACUAUUGUAUUAUUUUGGCAAGUGUUCCGCGAACUUCCAUUAGAAGAAAAGAAAAAGUUUUUACUAUUUUUAACUGGAAGCGAUAGAAUACCUAUACAAGGCAUGAAAGCAAUCAAAAUAACAAUGCAACCAGUCGAGGAUGAACGUUUAUUACCUAUUGCUCAUACAUGCUUUAAUUUACUUGAUCUCCCGCGAUAUCAAACUCGAGAAAGAUUACGAUAUAAAUUACUACAAGCAAUUCAACAAACUCAAGGCUUUUCACUAGUAUGAAUUUAUUAAAUUGAUAGUAUACUAUGUGCAUAAUACUUCA